AUGCCCUACUCCCGCCACCCAUCAGACUCCCGCGCCGCCCAGCGGCGAUCUCUGCAACAAAGGAACGGCGAGAGCACAAAAACCCGUCCUCUGCGAAUAUUAUCCCCGCCCCCCCACCUCCCGAGAGCCAGCAGUACCCGUAACACAGGAGGAUGCUGUGCCAACAGCGUCAUUGAGCUGAUUAUCCCCUCCGGCUGCCUCUGCACGCGUGAAGCGCACCUCGUUGACCGAGGACGCCUCCGCCCGUGCAUGACUGCCGUCGUCGCUCUCACCGCACAGCCCGACCUGGACGCAGACUUCACGACCGUGCAUUCAGCGUCGAGUCGGAACAGACAGCCAUCCACACCGCCUUUCCACCCCGUCAUCUACCCCCACCAGCAUCUUCCCUAUGUGCAGGAGGAGACGCUCGCGCCCCUCGGCGCAUCGUCAGAGGGUAUGGAGCACCGAGUCAAACAAGCCCAGCUAGGUCUUCGUCACCGUCAGCACCGCACACCUACGCCAUUAGAUGCGCGGGCGGUGCACCUCACAACGGUGGGCAGCGACACCCGCGCGAAGCACCGAGAUGGCCGACGACGUUCUCCCCAUCUGCGCUGCACACACGCUGCUACCCCGUGGAUGGGAAGAACAGGAAAUGCGCACUGCCGUGCAUCAUUGGAGGGCGCGGAGUACCGAGUCAAACAGGCCCAGCUAGGUCAUCGUCAUCGUCUUCGUUGUCGCCGCGCGCAUCUACCCUAUUAG